AUGUACUCGGUAGCAGCAGCAGAAUUGCACACUCCUAAAGAAACGAUACUACAUGAACUACAAAAUAAAAAUAAUUCCGAGACGCGUCUAACGGACGUUUCGUAUAAAUCUAAUUACUAUCAAAACUAUGAUAAUGAGAAUAUCUUCGAAGAGAAUUUUGAUGAAGAAAACAACUAUGAUGAUGACCUUGAGACGUUGGUCGACGAACUUGUGGAAUGUCCAUCCUCGACUUCCACUGCCUACUCGCCGGAUCCAGACAAAGAGAAUAAAGAAUAUUAUGCCACGUUUUCUUCACGAGUCAUGAAUACUAUUGCUGUUACAUCUAAUACUUACAUUCAACCAACUACUCCAUUAACGACAAAUUACUUAAUAGAUGCAUCUAUUAACGCCGCAUCCCCCAUGUCUUCAUUAAUAUCACCAAAUAACGGUCGUAAUCGUGUUGUAAAAUGCCGUUUUGAUAAUUCAAUUUGGCUUGAAACAGAUGAGGAUGAGGAUGACGAAACCGAGAAAAUCAUGCGUGAACAAGAAGUUCAAUGUAUGCCAAGAUCAGAUAUGAUCGCGGAACAACCAGAGAUCACAUGGGACAUGCGAAGACGAGUGAUCCGUUGGAUCAUUGAGGUGCAUGUUUAUUUCAGCGAAGGAAACAAACUAAGCGAAGAAUCAUUGUACCUCGCAAUCAAUAUACUAGAUCAAUACUUGUCGGUAGCACGAGUUGAUAACAAACAUUUACAAUUGGUUGCGAUCACCGGUCUUUGGAUUGCCAUAAAAUAUCUCGAGACACGCGACAAAGUCCCAACUAUAGAUCGAUUGGUACAUUUGUGUGGUAAAGGAUACCCGCGAGAAUUUUUUACACAGAUGGAAAAACAUGUUUGUAAGGCUAUUUUUUGGCGAUUUUGGACUCCGACCGCAGAAGGAUUCUUGAAAUUCGAAUCUAGUAAUGGGUUAUUGGAUUCUAGAACAUUGGCGUUGGCACGAUUUUUAAUGGAACACACGCUGAUAUUCGAGCAAUUCAUCGAUUAUUUACCAUCGGUUAUUGCUUCUUCCUCACUUUAUCUCGCAAAAUGUAUACUUCGCAAACCCGUUUUGUCACACGUACGACCUGAUAUAAAAACUUGCGUGGAGUUAAUAAGCGAUUUGGUGAGAACUAGUCGUGACGAGGUAAUCUACCAAAAAUACAAGGAAUCGUUGAAUAUGCGUGGAUUGCAGAAUUUUAAUUGA